UGGAAGUUAUUUAAUUGGAAAGAACAUUCAAGUGCUGUGCCCACUGAAGCCAUACGAAACAAUGAAAUAUCACUCUCAUCCAGAGAAUCUAGAUGAAGAUGGAUAUACUCAAUUAGACUUCAGGACUCGAGGCAUCCACAAAAGACCCGAGGGAUCAGAGAAAGGAAGCCAGGCUUCAUCUCCUCCUUGGCGGCCUAUUGUGGUGGCUUUGGGAAUCCUGUGCUUGGUUGCACUAGUGGUUGCUUCAGUCCUGGGUUUCCUAGCAUUUUGGAGAUUCAAUUCAGGGAGAAAUCCAGAGGAGAAAGAAAACUUCCCGUCAAGAAAUAAAGAGAACCACAAACCCACAAAAUCAUCUUUAGAUGAGAAGGUGGCUCCCUCCAAGGCAUCCCAGACUACAGGACAUUUUUCUGGGCCUUGCCCCCAUAACUGGGUCAUACAUGAGAAGAGCUGUUAUCUAUUUAAGAUGUCACAAAACUCCUGGGCUGGAAGUAAGAGACAUUGCUCCCAGUUAGGUGCUCAUCUACUGAAGAUAGACAACUCAAAAGAAUUUGAGUUCAUUGAAAGCCAAACAUCUUCUCACCAUAUUAAUUCAUUUUGGAUUGGCCUUUCCCGUAACCAGACCAAAGGGCCUUGGCUCUGGGAGGAUGGCUCACCAUUCAUUCCCAACUCGUUUCAAGUCAGAGAUACAGCUUCCCAGGAAAGCUUACUGCACAACUGUGUAUGGAUUCAUGGGUCAGAGGUUUUCAACCAAAUCUGUAAUAUUUCCACAUUCAGUAUUUGUGAGAAGCAACUAUAAAUGUAAGAAUGGAGAUGAAGAAGAGAUAAGAAUGUGAGAAUGUAGGGAUGGCACACACACACACACACACACACACACACACACACACACACACUUUGACCACCACCACCACCAUGACCACCACCACCACCAACAACAACCACAACAGAACAAGAGAGACAAAUAUUGAAAAUCAGAGUGAAUAAUGAAAUACUAUGAGAUCUUGGUAAAUUUUGCCUUCAGCUGAGAACUUGGAUGAAGAAGCUGAGGCUUCUGUACUUGCCAGAUGCAUAAAGAGAAUAGUAUUAUCUUCCAGUUAGUAAGCCACAAGACGUGGAGUGAGGCAGCUAAGAAAUACAGAGAAUCAGUGAACAUGAGGUUCCAAGACCCAAAUAGAACAAUCACAACAAAGCCCCUAUAUCUGUCAAGGAAUAUUGCAGUGGAGGGGUAGUUGAAGACUUUAACAGCGAGAGGACAAGGAUGCCUACUGCUAGUGUUAAACAAGAUUUGUGUGAUGAUAACUUUAGUUGAUAUGCCAACAUUGAUUUAGAAAUUUCACAAGGUCCCACCUUCCACAUAAAAGAACUAGAGGUGAUUUAUGAUGCAGAAAAGGGUGAAGAGAUCUUUCCAGGAACAAGCUUCCUGAUGAGAUACUGAACCUCAAGAAGUCAACACUAAACACAUGUACAAACCAGUAACACUAAAUGGACUAGUAGGCUAUAUCAUAUACCUACAUGUAUACACACACACAUAUGUUACUCAAAAUUGUUACUAUAGUGUACACUGUGUUUGUGUGAUUUGCUCAAUGUCUAGCAGUACAUCAGACAUGGGUAGAAGGUAAAAUGUACUUCUAAUUUGAUAAGUAAAGAAAUGAGGGAAGAAAAUCUU